AUGCCGUGCUGGUGGCGUCCGCAGGAUUUGCCCUGCGUUCUGCUCUUCUUCGGUCAUGUGGGCGUCUUUUGGUACUUGGCCGUGCAAGGCCUUCAGCAAGGCGACUUGCAACGACUUUAUUUGCCCCGAGACUUCCGCGGUGCUUUCUGCGGGGUGAGCACAGGACAAGCGGACAUGACAUCCUACCCCAAGUUGGCCUUUGCAAUGAACGCCGGGGAAGUCUUGGACAAGCUGGCGUUGCAGGCCUUGUGUUCUGACGCUACAAGAUCGCAGUUAACGGACGCAGAGCAGGCCGCCUGUACGACAUCAGGUUCAUUGAACGAGGUGAAUGAUGUGGUGUCCAAGUUGGAACAGAGUAUGACAGACCCAGCGGCGGCACUGCAAAUGGCUGGGAGCUUUCCUACGCCCACCUCAGUCAUGGCAGACGCUUCCAAGUACUUAACUCCAGUAUGCACCAGUGCUUGUAGCCUCUCCACGUCAAGGAAGUACAGCUAUAGCCCACCGCCUGAUGCACCCUGGGCCUCUGCCUACGAACGGCUUUCCUCCUCAUUGCCCUUGCAGCAGUUGCAGAUGAACGCCUGGGACGAAGCCUCCUGCCCCUAUUCUGCCAGGUAUUGUGUGCCGUUCCCGGGCCUUAAUUUUCAGCCGGGACCCGACGACAUUUGCCUACCAGAGUUGGAGAGCUCGUUGGUGAGCAGCUUGACAUCAGGGAUUUCGAAGCAGCUCGACUCACUGGCGCAGUCCAAGCUGGCGAGCAGCGUUCUUGCCGAUGUCAACAAUGCCACUGGGCGGCGUAACGGGCCACCGGAGGCCACCGGAAAUCUCGAGGCAGUGGGGUCUAUCUUGACUUCGUUGGAUGCGCUGGGUGUGGUGGCCUUCGUUGCUCUGUUGUUGGGAGUGGUGUACAUGGUCCUGGUGCGCUUCUUUGCCAAGCCUGUCGUGUGGCUUUCGCUUCUUUUGAUCUUCCUUCUGCUCCUUGCGGCUGGAGCAUUGGCCAUCUCCAAGUCUUUGCAGUGUGCGGAGGCGCAGAAGAGCGCGCGUUACGCGUUGAAGUCGAGUCGUGCUGCCGAAGUGGAAGUCGGCUUUCUGGACUUUACAGAGCAAGCGGCCUUGACGGCAGUGCAGAACGUGCAGAACGUGACAGAAAAACCGAGCGACCUGCUGGUCAACUGCCAGGACUUGGGUGGCUACGCCAUCUCCAAUCCAGACCUGCGAAACGCCGUGCGGAUCGUAGGAUAUUGCUUCCUGGGCUUUGCCGCUCUGUGGCUGCUGCUAGUGAUUUGCCUUCGCAAUCGCAUUCGGCUGGCCAUAGCUGUCCACCAGGUUGCAGCGGAGUUUACAGCCAUGCAUCCUUACGUGAUUUUGCUCCCUUUGAUCCAGAUGAUCCUCAGCUUGGCAUAUUUGGCGGGCUGGAGCAUCAUUGCUGGCUUGAUGAUCACAGAUGUGCCCUCCAACUUUGUGCCUGCCCAGGCUAUGAGCAAGUCGCAGGCAAUAGCCAAUAAUGGCACAAGUCCAUGUGCUACCACCUGGCCUGCAGGCUUUCCUUAUGAGGACGUCUCGGACUGUACGGAGAACACCACUGGCGGCCAGCCUCUCUGCUGGCACUGUGCGGCGCCACGCUUUGUCCUCAACGAGCGCUUUGCAUUUGCAUUCUUCUCACUGCUUUGGCACAACGCUCUCCUUGCAGCCAUGGGCCAGUGUAUCAUCGCUGGUGCUGUAGCGACAUGGUUCUUCACCGAGAAGCGGCGGAAGGCCUUGCAGCCAGUGUUUUGCCGGGCGACGUUUAACGCCGUGAUUAAGCAUUUCGGAUCUUUGGCUUUUGGAUCGCUGAUUUUAGCAGUUGUGCAAUUUCUCAAGUGGCUCAUGCGUUUCCUAUCAGAACAGGCAAAAGUCCGGAAGAACCGGGUGCUGCAAACCAUCUUCAAAAUUCUGGCGUGUUGCCUGUGGUGCUUUGAGAAGUGCCUCAAGUUUCUGAACAAGAAUGCAUACAUCCAAGUGGCGAUCAAGGGAACCAAUUUUUGCACUUCAGCUCAGAACGCGUUCUUCCUGAUUCUACGGAACGCCAUCCGCUUUGGAGCGCUGGCGAUGCUGGGGUCGUUCCUAUAUUUCAUAGGUAUCUUGGUGAUCUCCGGCGCAACUGGCUUGGGAGGCCACUACAUUUUUCAAGCCUUCCACCCUCAGAUGAGCCCCAUCGUUCCCACCAUCCUUUACGUCAUCCUUGGCUACCUCGUGGGCCGCCUCUUUUUGACAGUCUUUGGCUUGGCGUGUGACACCUCUUUGCAGUGCUUCAUCAUGGCCGAGGAGUCGCGAAUGCGUGGGGACUUUGUUCCAAGUGCAUUGCAGUCCCUGAUGGAGAAGCAGGACUUAGGCUCUGAAGAGAAGAACGGCAAGUGCUGCUGCUAA